AUGAGCCUCAGACACGAGCUCGAGCACCCAAAGAAACGCCGCAGGCGUGAGAUUUCACGACGACCAUUGUCCGCUCGUUUGGCAUUCGAUGACAAUAUCAAGGGCAAUGCUGCCUUCGUACCGCAGGAGCUGUGGAAUCAUCUCGCGGCCGCCGAUGAUGACAUUUUCUCUCCCGCGUUCGUAGCCGUCACUCCCUGGUCUCCCUUGCACACCGAGUUGCAGGAGUCAAUAUGGACGAUCCUGCCCGUGCAGCAGAAUACCUCACAGCCUGGCCUUGAGUCCACUGAACAAUCCGAUGUCAUCAGACUCGCCCCGACGUCCUUCGCUUGCCAGUCGCUUCUCAAAACUUACGCUGCCAUCGAUCGCGAUCGCCAUCCAGGCCAUGUUCCCAAGUCGAUCGAAGUACGUGUUGUACCAACUAAGCCUCUUAACCUCGAUACAAUAUACGUAUCGGUUGAGAAGGAUCUACUUCAAAAGGUGGAUGACAUCCAAGCAAAGUUUGGCGGUGGCUUCCAGUACGGAAAGAACUCGAAAAAGUCCAAUAUGACAAAUGGAAUUUUGCAAAAUGUGCCUGCACAUAUGUCUCGUAUGACGGCUCUUGUGCGAGAAGCCCUGUCUCAGAUACCCAUCGUUCACUCCGGGGAUGUGUUUGCCUUGCCACUUCCCGCCCACCCAAUUACCCAUGUCCGGCCGGCGCCUGCCAUCGUUGUGGACUGUGAGCCUGUCUCCCAAGGACGAAUAUCCGAGAAGACCAAGAUAGUCUUGAUUCAAACCGGGUCGUCCCAAGAGAAGGCUCUGAAGAAACUGGCACCAGUUCAGCCCAUCAUUGAGGAAUCUCUCGAAGAUACCGCAGAGGACACCUCAAACGAUCAGUUCUUCUCUGCUGCGGAGGAAGGACAGACAGAAACCGGGUCUGACGUUGGUGAUGUAUCUGACGAGCACUCUGAAAGCGACGAUGCGACACAAGAGAACAGCGAUGAGGAUUCGGACUCCAUGGAUGACAUGAUCUCACUCAGUGCACCAGGACUGCCUCCGCAACAGGCCGGAACAUUGUCAGCCAUGACAGCUGCGACGCCACGAGCGGGGGGGAAAAGGGCCAGUGGGAUGCAUACUCCUGGUUCUUUAUACUCCAGUUUCACUUCGACUACCGCAAGGGCGGGCAAUCGACCAGGAAAAGUCUUCCGGACCGAGGCUUUACUGCGUAAAGUCCCAGUCGAUUUGAUGCAUCCAAAACCUAAUCUAGAUGAGGACGAAGAGUCCUUUGUUUUCAUUGACACGAGCAUUUUGGCCAAAAUCGGGUGCUUCUCUGGCGAUUGGGUGAGGAUCGAAGUGGCCAAAAAUGUUAGUCUGCAUGGCUUUGCGCCUUCGGUCAUGAAGUCUCUCAGCGGUCUUGCAGGCGAAGAAGAGUCGGACUGGCGCACGGUCAGGAUCUUCGGCAUUUCAGGCCUAUCAAACCAGCAGCCACGAUAUGCGGUCGACAAAAGGGGUGACAGAAGGUCGAGUCUUUCCCAACGAGAUCUAACGAUGCCUCUGUCACCAGCCAUCUACCUCUCGCCGAUCUUGCUCGCCAAUUUGAGUAAUGCGCAGUUUGUGAAAGUAGGGGCUUUGCCAUCCCCUUCUAGGACGUCACAACUGCCUCGAUCUGGAACUCCCAAAUCCCCCCCAUUUGCCAAAGAAGUGCAAUUCUCAAAGAUUGCCGACCCGGUAACGACCAAUCCAUCCUUACAAUCCACACUGUUCUCCUCCCUCAAGCAUUAUUUAGAAUCCAGAAAGCGGAAGUUAAAGAAGGGAGAUCUAAUCGCCGUACCGGUGGAUCAAGAGUUGGGAAAAGUCACCUCCUCCCCGGGAUCGGACGAGAAGGAAGGAGACGAUGAAACUAUCGCAAAGCUUAACGCUCCUAGUCCAUCUGGAUCUCGUCGCUUCGCAUUGGCUUGGUUUUGUGUCGAGUCAAUUGAAGUCGAACAGGUUGAUGGAGCUCUCAGCCGUGACGACAAUGCAUGGGGUGGCGUUGCGACGCUUGAUAGCUCUCUUGCCCAUGUUUCACAGAGCGGCAACAGUCUUCGAUCUGUGUCAUAUUCGACUGAUACUUGGAGCCGUUAUUGGUUUGGGAUACAGAAGCUUAGGCGUGGAGUCAUGCAUAGAGUCGACCACAUUGCCACAGCGGCCGAUAUUCCAUCCUCGGAGAGGCUCCCCUUGGAGAAGAAAUUGUCGGGUCUUAUGUCGGCUGCUGUGAGCAAUCGUGCAGUUAGCCUGGGUCUUCCGCCUCUCGUGAUACUUCUUCACUCGACACAACGACAAUCAGGCAAAUCCUACAUUGCCAAUUCAGCUUGUUCAGCCACGGGACUGCAUACUUUUCCCAUCUCUGCGCACGAUCUACUUUCAGAGAAUGCUUCCACAACUGGUGGUGGUGAUGUCAAGACUGAGGCCUUGCUGAGGACGCGCACCGAACGGGCUCUAUCUGGAGGGUCCCAACAGACUGCACUAUUGAUCCAACAUAUCGAUGCUUUGACUGCGGAUCGAAUGGUGCCCACCCUUCAAGAGAUCAUAUCUUGGUCUCGCGUUCUCAUUGCCACGACAUCCAAAAUUGACGAUGUACCUCAAGGCAUCCGAAGUCUUUUCUCACAUGAGUUCGAGGUCACCGCACCAGACGAAGCUGCAAGAGAGAUCAUUCUACGAAAUACCUGUGUCGCUGUCUCUACGCCUCUGUCGAGUACUGUCAAUCUCAAAACUGUCGCUCUGCAAACCGCUGCACUCGUCGCCGGCGACCUUGUUGACGUCGUCAAUCGUGCUUCACUUGCGCGACUAUCCCGACUUCUAUCGCUUGCAGAAACUCAGUCCUGCGGUCUCUCGGAUAUCUACAUCGCGGGGGGUGAUGCUGCUGCAUAUCUUCUCUCUGUUGACUUUGGCAGUGCCAUUGCUGCCGCUCGAUCGACCUUCUCCGACGCAAUUGGUGCACCCAAGAUCCCGACAGUCACGUGGGCCGAUGUUGGUGGACUAUCUUCGCAGAAAGAUGCCAUCAUGGAGACAAUUUCUCUCCCCCUUACACAUCCAGAACUGUUUGCAAAUGGCAUUCGGAAACGAUCUGGAAUAUUAUUCUACGGUCCUCCUGGAACUGGAAAGACCUUACUUGCCAAGGCGAUCGCCACAGAAUUCAGUCUCAACUUCUUUAGCGUCAAAGGACCUGAGCUGCUGAACAUGUACAUUGGUGAGUCUGAAGCAAAUGUGCGUCGAGUCUUUCAGCGUGCCAGAGAUGCGCGCCCCUGUGUCGUCUUCUUUGACGAACUUGACUCAGUGGCUCCCAAACGUGGAAACCAAGGCGAUAGCGGUGGGGUCAUGGACCGCAUUGUGUCCCAACUCCUUGCCGAGCUGGAUGGGAUGUCAAGUGGUGGCGGUGGAGACGAUGAAGACGGCAAGACAUCGUCAAACGCAGGAGGUGUCUUCGUCGUCGGUGCUACCAACAGACCUGAUCUUCUCGAUCCAGCUUUACUUCGACCUGGCCGAUUCGACAAGAUGCUGUACCUCGGAGUGGCGGACUCACAUGAUCAACAACUAACCAUACUCAAAGCACUGACGCGCAAGUUUACUCUCGCCCCAGAUGUGGACCUCUUGCGUGUUGCCAAACGCCUACCGUUUACAUACACCGGUGCUGAUCUGUAUGCAUUAUGCAGCGACGCCAUGCUCAAAGCCAUCACACGGAAGACGCACGCUGUCGAUGAAAAGGUUCAACAGAUCAGCAAAGCGCGCGGAGAGCCCAUCAGUACAGGCUACUUCUUUGACCAUCUGGCCACGUCCGAGGACGUGCAGGUUGUUGUGGCCGAGGAGGACUUCACUGCUGCGCAGAACGAGCUCGUUGGCAGUGUGAGCAAGAAAGAAUUGGAGCAUUUUGAACGGAUUCGUGGGUUGUUUGAGGAGCAAGACAUUACCGUUGGCACCAAAGGUGGGAACGAGACCAACGGCGUUCCUACAGGGGCCAAAAAGGCAGAAGAAGCGAAAUUACCUUUGCGGUCGGCUCAACGUCCAUCUACCACGGCCCCGGCUAGAGAGGGUCAGUCUCAAGAUUUUGGACAGGAUGUGCAGCAGACACUACCAAGCAAGGGGAAGGGAAAGCAAAAACCGAAUGCGACGUCGAACAUCAUCAUCCCUCCUGCAAACACGAACACUUACAAGCACGCCACGAGAAUUGGCAAUCCUGAUUCUCGCAAUUCUUCCGAUGCAGAUGAUGAUUAUGGAGUGAGCAUGGCUCAUCUGAAUGGAUCAACUGUCAAUGGUAACAGUUGUGGUGAUAUCAAAGGCAAGGGAAAGAGUAGAGGGGAUGAAAACCUGACACCCACGAGCAUCCCGGACGGAUUUCACAACGACGUGGAAGGUGACGACGAGGGUUUAUAUGACGAGUAA